AUGCAAUACAAUCUAAUUUUAAACAAAAUAAACACAAACUAUGUUGUUGACCCAUAUGUAAGUAUGCUAUAUAUAAAGAGAGCAUACAAGUAUUUACAUUUCCUUAAAAAAAAUAAUGGAAAUAUUGUCAUACUAGGGAAUAAAUAUAAUGAAAUUAAAUUAGAAAAUUAUUUUGAAAACAAAAUAGACCAUAAACAGUUAUGUGAUUUAAACUUUUUAACAAACUCAACAAAAAAAUAUGACCUAUUAAUUUGUACUGAUAUACCAUUAUAUUAUACCUAUAUCAAAAAUAUUUUUAUACCUAAAAUGUUUGUAGGACAUGGAUCAGAAUUUGUUAAAAAUAAAAACUACUUACACAUUUUUGAUUAUUUUAUUCCUCUUACUAAUAAAAAAUUAGACAUCCAUUUGCAUUACAUUCUCCAAAAACGCUACUUAUCCUCACCAUAA